GAAUUGCGAGCUGAAAAUGUGGUAUGUUAUUGAGUGGGUAGAUGACGCCACUAGAAUGUUGUAUCACAACGGACGACUAAUUCUUCAUCAUCGUUUGUUUUUGUCGCAAUUUUCGUUACAAAGCGAAUAGUUCUGAAUACAAGUUUCUUCGCCGAUACAAAUGUGUAUACAAAUGUGUAAAUAACCCGUUUUAAUGUGUUCAAAACCUGUAAAUAAAGAAAUAAUAUACCAGCCUGCUCGAGAAAUUCCUGAGUCCAGAAGGAAGGUCGCACGUCAGCAGGACGAAGACGCUAGUCAAUCUCCAGAUAAUUCACUGCAAGAAAUGGAAGAUGAGAAUCCUGAGGAGAAUGGCAGCAUCACGCUACCUUAUGAUGUUGUUGCUAUGAUUUUCAAGAAUCUUGACGCAAAAGAUUUGUGCACCUCUGCAAAAGUUUGCAGGCUCUGGCAGGAGGUGGCUAAUAGUGAAUUGGGUAGUCGAGGCCCCAUGAUCGAUUUGGCAUCCUGGGCCGAUGUCUUCCAGUCCUGCCAUACAGAUAAAUUCCCUCGCAAUUUGACGAAUAAACCAAUGCUUGGAUUUUUGUUCAGUGCAGAGGAUUCUCUUCCUCGAGACUGUUUCGCUAAACACUUUCCAAAGAACUGCGUUUCCCUCGUGAUACAACCAUAUGGAUUAGUGCUGAAUAAUCGGGAAUACGAGACGGCCCGAGCCCGGGUUGUGUAUGGCUAUUUUCCCGAGAGUUCUGAAGUGAACAUAGAGUACAUAUUGGGAAAGAAUGCUCAGGUUCUCCAUCUCAAUAAGGAUUUGGAGAUUCUGAGCAAUGGGAACCAACCUCAACGUCUGACUGUCAUCAACUCCAUGGUUCAGGGGGCCAAAAAUAGGCUGAAGGGAAUUAAAUGUAUGAUACUUAUGACCGCUAAUGAUUUCACACAUGAGAGGGAACUUGCUGAAUUGACCGGAAUAACAGGAAAUGUACCUGCACUAUGGGGUGGAGCAGCUCAAAAAUUGAUAGUCUGUAAAAGAACUAGUGAUGGAAACCGUGGAUGGGAAAAUGUCCUCUGGAUUGCAAUUCUCAUUGGGGGUCCCAAUGUGAAAAGUUGGUCAAUUAUCAUCAAGCGUUCUGAACGAUCAGUAAAGCAAAUAAGAGAUAGAUUAUUGACAUUGAAGGAGAAUGUUCAACCGAUGAAAAACACGGUGGGAUUCAUCUUCACAUGUAUUGGCAGAGGUUCGUCGAUGCACGGUUCGAAGAACGUCGAGUCCACUAUUUUUAAAGAGAUAUUUCCACAUAUACCGUUGAUGGGGGCAUUUGGUAAUGGUGAAUUUGGAUUUGACUGUAAUGAUAAGAAAGUGGACAAAUCAGCAUAUCACCAAUAUUCCACAUCAUUCAUGAUCCUCACCUACAAUUAAUUGAGAGAAUAUAUUUUUUUUGUUAUCCAAAAUUUUCAUUUCGGAUAUUGUAGUGACAGUUAUCCGUUCCAUGCAUUUGUUCACUUUUUAAAGUUUGAUUAUCUUUUAUAGAGUAAGCAACAACGAUUGGAGAAUUUUCGUAUAAUAAAAUUUGUAUAAAAAGGUGAUAA